UCUUGGACCGGAAGGAGUUGCCCGCCGUUUCCGGCGCGCCCGCGCCAGGUGUUGAGCGCUGCUAUGUCGUGGUGUUCAAGCUGCGUCUUUGAUCACAGAUCCUGGGGAGGAGGGAGACGUGUUUGAUGAGGACGCGGACGAGUCGCUGGUGGUGCAGAGGGAAUGGCGGAGCCACAUGCAGAGAAGAGUCAAAGAAGGUUCCAGAGACGGAACAGGUGCUGGCAAAGCAGUUACCCUUCAGCAGGGCUUCAGUCAAGGCUGAAAGGAAGGUGCAGAAGUUAUUAUGAACUGUGGGCAACUCAGAGGAACAUUGAGGUCUCUUACGAAGAUGUGGAUCGGCUGAAAGGAUUGGCGGCGACUGAGAACACGAGGGUCCCUCACUUCCUGCAGGACUACGACCGCUACAUGGAGCAGUUAGACAAGAUCAUGGGCGUGAACGAGCUGAGCGACAGGGAACUGCAAGAGCUCAUCCCCUGAGCGGCUGGGACAGGCGGCUUCACUGUGCCUCUGGGGCAGGGCCGCUCGGUGUAGAUUCAGAGAGAGGGAGUGUGACUCCAGUGUCCUGAGGGGUCUGCAAUGCUCAGCUGAAGCUUUAGGUUGAGUACAAACCCUGGACUUUUUCUGAAAAAAAGCGUUCCCAUAGGCUGCGAGGCAAAGUGAAUCCUUCUUCUGAAUCUCAACAGAAUCAGAUUGAAAUACUACUGAUGGGUAUUUUUGAAGAACAUUGGUCACAGGGAGCAGUAAACUUCCUGAGCAGUAA